CCGCGUCGCGAUAGGCACAUCUUUCGCGCCUGUCGUCUGCCCAACUACCGGCAUCAACAUUACUCGAGACCCCCAUUUCUCGCGCCAUCGGCGCCGUCAGCCUCUUCCAUAUUCACUUAGAAUAGAUUUUUCCAUGAUAAAAAUCUCGGUUAUGAUCUUCCAAAUCGGAACUAAAUCUGAGGAGAAGAUGUUUAAUGAUGUUUUCAGGAGGUGCAAGUGAUUAACAGUGCAGUGAGUGCUGGAUUACAAAUAUACAUUUAAAACAUAGAUUGUACUUAUUGAUACCAGUUGGUACAUUACAGUAACUGAUGAUUACUUAUUGCAUGUGGAAUUUUUUUGAGGAAGUGUACUUGGGAACCAGAAAAAGAGAUAGAAAGGAGUUGUAGAAAAGUUGGAGAGGUCAAGUACGCUAGGGAGAUAAAGAUAGCAAAUUUGUUAAAGGUUGGAGAAGUUUAAGAAGGACAAUAAGGAUUAUUCAUAAAGAGGCUUUUUGUGUUGAAUAAUUACAGAAUCAGAAGAGAAAGUUCCGUUAAAAAAAGGCAAUCAUUAAAUAUUUAAGUAAUUAUUAAAGAGAGAAAUCUUAUUUAAAAAAGGUCUAAAUCAGGUAACAAAUCCAUAUCUUGAAGAGAUUAAGGGACGACAAUAGACUCAGAAGAUUUGCGAUCAGUUUUGUUAGGCUAAGGAUCAAGACUUUUCAAGAAUAAGAAAGAUUUAAUGGAAGAUAAUUGGAGUUUUUCAUAAGAUGAAAGGGGUUCUAAUGCCUCAAACUGCUGAACAAUAAGUAUUAUAAUUGGAUAGAAUAGGACAUAAAACGAUGACUCCAGAUCAUGGAUGGCAUUACAUCUCUCAAGGACUGACUUCUACAGGAAAAAAUCUUGUCUCUGAAAGGAUAAUUGUUGUAUCAAUAAGAAGAAUUGUAGACGUGGUGAAGAUGUUCUAGAAAUUGCAAAAUCUGUAAUUGCAACUUCUGUCAGUAUCGUUUGAAAGAAACACUACUGAAAUAACGAUAAAAAUCGACAUAAGUAAAUCCUCAACAACUUAAGGACUUACUAAGGAUUCCCUUAGAGCUCUCAAGGAGGGAAUUUAAACUCCUUCAGUGAAGCCUUGUCUAAUCGUUUUCCUCAAGAAUCAAGAAAAUCUGAAGAAGCUACAUUAAUACUGGGAUUUGAGUCCUAACAGUAACCAGACUUGCUGCUUGUGCUGAAAGAAAAACCAGGAUUUUGAAAACUUAAUAAGAGAAGGAAAACUAAUGGUAAUGAAAAUCAAUAUUGUCAAACUAGUUACAACUAAUCAAGAUACGAUCCAGAAUUACAAAGAAAAGCACAGGAAACUGAUCCAAAUUAGUUAUGAUUCAAAAAUCUGAUACCGAUUACGAAUAAACUGAUCAAAAUCAAAGGGGUGAAAAGGAUUCGAGUCGGGGUGAUUUUCGUUAGAGUUAGACAGUAGUGAGAGCCAAGACGGUGGAAUCGUCUUGGUCUCGUUGGGCUUACACUCCGGUCGGUAACCGAACGGGGAAGCCCGUAAGAUCCGCGAAGGUUGUGCAACAAGUUAGGAGAGGGUUGCCUCCACCACCGCGAUGUGAUAUGGAUAUCCUAGCAGUAGCCUGCGCUCUCGUAGCGACGGCCCUGUACUUCAACACCCUUUACGCAGGAUUCGUCUACGACGAUCGGAGGGCAAUUUUGACGAAUCCAGACUUAAAACCAACUACAUCAUGGUACAAGCUUUUGGAGAACGAUUUUUGGGGAACCCCCUUACGAGAGAGAAGUUCUCACGGUAGUUACAGGCCACUUUGUGUAGCUACAUUCAGACUCAAUUAUCUACUUGGUGGUCUUGAACCUCUAGGUUAUCAUCUCGUAAAUGUCAUUCUUCAUGCAGCUUGUACAGCACUUGUUGUCAGGAUAGCAAAAAAGGUUCUGCCAGGGCGUAUGUUGGCCCAAGCCAUUGCUGGUUUACUUUUUGCUGUACAUCCGAUCCACAGCGAAGCAGUGGCUGGUAUCGUUGGUCGAGCAGAUCUCUUGGCUUGCCUCUUUACUCAAACAGCUUUCCUAGCGUACACAGCACAUUGUGAACAAACAAGAUCAAUUCUAUCACUAAUUCUCACCUUAGUUUCUGCAACGUUAGCUACCCUGGCUAAGGAAACUGGAAUAUCAUCACUGGCGCUCUGUCUCCUGUGGGAAUUCUGUCACAACGAGCCAAACAUUCGCAAGAUCCCAUCCACAGGCAAUGGCAAAUGGAGAAGCUCGACAAUCCUCGCCGGAAGUUUGGCAAUGUUAACACUUGGAAGACUAAGGAUCAGUGGUGGCAGAGUUCCUGAAUUUGCAAGUGCUGACAAUCCCGUAGCUCGACAUCCCUCGAGACUUACCCGAGGCCUUACAUUCCUUUACCUACCCGCAGCAAGUGUCAGAAUGCUCCUCUGUCCCAGCACACUAAGUUUCGAUUGGUCUAUGGAUGCUGUGCCAAGGAUAACCAGCUUACGAGACUCAAGAAACCUUGAAUCCGUCUGCCUUUAUGCAGCUUUGGGCACUGCGACCCUCUGGGCAGUUCGUCGAGUACGUCGUUCUAGAGGAAGGGCCCGAUCAAGGUCGCGGACGACCUUCGAACUGUCUUCCUACUCAAUGUCUACCGCCUUCUGGUCUUCGACAUCUAGAUGUCCGGUUUGUGCUGGAAGAAGGACAGGAGCCUGUCACACAGAUGGUUGCAGGGCUGCCAAUAAUAAUAAUGGUCCUGUCAAUGAAUGUCACUGUCUAAAGAAAAAAGCAGCUCCUGGGUAUUCCUGUUCGACCCCUUCUUCUCUUCUUGUUAUCAUCGGAUUUUUAGUGCUUCCCUUCCUCCCAGCUAGCAAUCUGUUCUUCUAUGUGGGAUUUGUGAUCGCCGAGAGAAUCCUUUAUCUUCCGAGUGUCGGAGCCUGCUUGGCCAUUGGAGCUGGCAUUUCUGGAACUUAUGGGAUUGCAAGAAAAUCCGGAUUUGGGAAAGUAGCGAAAGGAAUUUUAGUAGCGACGACAGUAUUUUUGGGCCUAAUGUCUGCGAGGACUCUUCUGAGAAAUGUUGAUUGGUUUGAUGAGGAGAGCCUCUAUCGAUCUGCGUUGCGAGUCAAUCCACCAAAAGCUUAUGGAAACUUGGGAAGUGUGCUUAGUGCUCAAGGAAGAGUUGCUGAAGCUGAAGAAGCAUUCGUACACGCUCUUCGAUAUCGACCAAAUAUGGCCGACGUCCACUAUAAUCUGGGGAUAUUACAACAAGGAAGACGGAACUACGAGGAGGCCAUUCUCAGCUACCAGAGGGCGAUUCACUUUCGGCCUUCUUUAGCCCAAGCUUAUGUGAAUCUUGGAGCAGCUUUAGCCUCAGUUGGUCGUGGAACGGAAGCAGCUGCGGUUUUGCGCGCUGGUGCGUCUUUAGACGGUUCCGGUCUGAAGGACAGAAGGGCUCACGAAGCUGCCAGAGUACAAGCAUUGUUGCAACUUGGCGCCCUCUAUGCGGAUCAAGGGAGAUUACAGAGGGCCUUAUCUGCAUACAGAGAAGCGCUACGUGCACUUCCGGAUCAUUAUCCGCCUCAGAGCGUCUACAAUUUACUGGGUGAGACGUUGUCGAGACUGCAGCAGUACGCGGAGGCUGAGAAGUGGUUUCAGGCGAGUUUAGCCAGUCAGCCAGACCACGUGCCUGCCCACAUCACUUACGGGAAGCUCCUGGCACGAAACUCCAGUCGUGUUUUGGAAGCAGAGAGGUGGUUCCUGCGCGCCAGGAGAUUAGCUCCAGAAGACCCCAGCGUACAUUAUCAUUACGGUCUUUUCUUAACGUCACAAGGGCGUUUGGCAGAGGCAGCCGAGGAGCAAUUACGUGCCGCCGAGUUGUCCCGAUCAGAUUACGAUCUAGCAGUGGCCGCAGCGUCGGCCCUGCGACGAGUGGAUCGUCGCGAGGAGGCUGAGCUUUGGUACAGGCACGCAAUGGGUCUGAGGCCCCAUGAGGCCCGAAGUCACACGAACCUAGGAGCCAUUUUGCAUCUCAACGGCAAAUAUAAACAAGCAGAAGCAGCAUACCGAGAGGCCUUAAGGUUGCAACCAGGUGACGCCACAACCAUGACGAACCUUCACAAACUCGCCGCUCUUCUUGCGUGACCCAAAAAGGGCCAAAAAUUCCGACGCUUUCCACGUCCUCUAGAAACUCUUCCUCCCCUCUUCUAUGUCGAGAAGAACAAAGAGCGCAAAGAGUUUCAAUGACAGGGAAAAAAUCCUCCCUCGUUUCUCGUGCAAGAGAAAUCGAUAUCCGUUGAUAUUCUGAUACAUAAAAGCAAACGGAAUAGAGAACGGAAUCUUCAUCCGCGGAAUUGCCGUCGUCACUGAUCGUCUAAGACAGCCGAUGUAUGGAAUGUAAAGAAUAAAGCUUCCUUUAUUUUUCUCUAAAUAUAAUCUGACUUUC